AUGACGUCGCCGUUCGGAGGAGGCGCAUUCGGAGCAGGGGCAAGUGGAGGUGGUGGUGGUGGAGGAGCUUUUGGGGGUGGCUUCAGCCAGGCCACCAACCCCUUUGGAGCUGGCUCGACGGGCGUCUUUGGCGCUGCUGCUCCCUCAAGUGGUGUCUUUGGUGCAGCCGCCUCGACUUCGACCUCGCCUUGGCGGGCUUCGACUCCGGCGUCGGCCCACCACAAUGGAUCGACCUCGACUCUACCUGGUGCACCGUCGAGCGUGUUUGGAUCUUUCGCAACACCAGCAUCAACCAGUGCAGCGCCACCCGCAUCUGCCUUUGCCAACAUCCCUCAACCUCGGCAGCUCGACCGCCGACCACCAGCUUCCUCGGUCGCAACACCUCCUCCACCACGCGAUCCUAACCAGAUCUCGACGCUUGAAGUACUCGGCGAAGACUCGGAUGCAAGGAAACAGCGCUUUGAGAGUUCCCUUGCCAACAAUCGAUAUCUCGAGGUAGGUUCCCUCCCGCUCGGCCGGGUCUUCUUCGUGCCCGGCUGGUUCAGUGGCGCUGACCGACGAGAUGCAUGUCCGUGUUGCGUUCAUACGACAGUUGAAACCAUUACGAGAAGCUCAACGCUUACGGGACAUCAAGAAUGGGCUCAUCCCCGAUCCGCUCAAGCCGAUGCGCCUCGACCAGGCGACCGACUUCCUGGGGACCUGCCAAGACAUGUGUCCCGCGUGGGAGCGGGAGGAGCGAGAGUACCAGAACAACGUUGAUGCACUUGAAAGGGUCGGUGCAUGGAACAGAGAAUGUGCGCCGUUCUUGCGAGCUCAGCGCUGACAGGCCCCCCCGUCCUCCUCGCUCAGUAUCCGGGUACGACUCGCAUUGACCCUGCCCGAGCUGUCAAAGCAUUCCAUCGACCCGCAGCAGGGAAUGAACAGCCUCUACCCUCGGAUGUUCGACCACCACGCGUACUCAAAAAGACGCUCGACUAUCUCUUCCACCACCUCCUGCCGACCGCGCCUUUGCACGUGACCCACCCCUUCCUGCGGGAUCGAACCCGUUCCAUUCGCCAGGACUUGACGAUGCAAAACAUCCGUGGAGAGGAGGCGAUCGAAUGCAACGAACGCAUAGCUCGGUACCACGUUCUUGCUCUCGGCACAUUGCGCGAGCAGUCGAGUUUCAGUGAGAGUCAAGAGCUCGAACAAUUGCGCAAGGGUGAGCACUGUUUCGCCGAGUUCGGUUGGGGCUAUACGCACACUCACACCCGAGCCUCUCCACAUCAUAGUCCUUAAAUCUCUCAACGAGUUCUAUGACGACGCUCGGCUCGCCAAUCCACCGAUACCAGCCCCCAACGAAGCCGAGUUCCGAGCUUACAAUAUCCUCACCCAUCUGCGCGACCCCGACAUCAUUUGGUCCUGCGAACUGUUACCGCCGCGCGUAUUCGACGAACCUCGUCUUCAAAUCGCAUUACGGCUCCACGCGUUGGUGCAGCGCUCCAACAUCCCUCGUGGAGAGCGGGCAAGUCUCAAUGCCGCUUCCCGGUUCUUCAAGCUGCUGGCGAACCAAGAGGUCCCCUACCUCUUUGGCUGUAUCUUGUCGACACAUUUCGAUCAGAUCCGCAAGAACGCCCUCGAGACGAUGAAGAACGCCUACAUGCAACAGCAUAGUGGGUUUCCUGCGCGAACGCUCGUCAAGGUUCUUGGGUGCGAUGAUGAGGAAGAGAUCGAGUCGAUCUGCUCACAAUUAGGGAUAGGGGCGAAGAAGGACGAGAGUGGAGAACUGGUUGUCAUGCUUCAUAAAGCGGCUGUGAUCAAGAGUGAGUCUGAAGGGAGCUUGAGUGAACUGUGCUGUGAGCUGAGCUGCCCGCUUCGCUCUUUGCAGAUGUCACAUUGCAGCAAAGGGUGUCCCAGCGUCUCGUCGAAGCAAAGCGAGGGACGACGACCUAUCAAGCCGUCAUCGAUGGUGCGGACUAUGUCUCGGCUGCCGUGCAAACCCUACCCUCGGCAUCCUCACCGGCCGUGUCUCGAGCUCCUGCUGCCCCUGCACCAAAAAGACCUGCACCUACCCCAGCCGCCCCACCCACGUUGCUCACCUCGGCCCCUCAAGUUCCGCCGUUCGACAUUAUUAAGCCGGCCCUUGUCGAGCACAAGGUGCCCUCUUUCCAGACAUCAACCCCUCUUGCGUUCAGCUCCGCCCAAGCCUUACCAUCGACGACCCCAUCGACCCCAUCUCUCAAUCCCGUUGCACCUUUGUUCGUCCCAACCUUCGCUGCGAAUCCGAAGGCCGCCGCAUCCGCUCUCAAUCCCUUUGCAUCUGCUUCUACCGCUUCGGCUGCGUCAGCCUUUGCACCACGCCCCCAGCCGAGCGCCUUCUUCGCGCCUCCACCGCAGCGAACUGCACCGAAACAGGAGUCGGGCCAAUUUCCCGCUCCCAAAGCGUUCAGCUUCGAGUCCGCACCCCAGCCGGCCCCAGUUGUCGAGCCGCGGAAAGCUGCCGAGCCUAGUCCCGCAAGCAAGCCAUCACCUGAAGUUGUCAAAUCUGCUCCGACCAAGCCCAAGUCGGUCCAAGCGCCGGUCUUGCUCCCCAAGUCGCCGUCGCCGCCGAAACUUGCCAAGGUGGAUCAAGGUCCUCUGAUCGCGUCACUCAGUAAGAUAUUCGUCGACGAGUUACUUGCAUCCGCUGCACGGUCGUGUGCUCAACAUGCGGCCGAACAGGCCCUCGAGGAUUAUUGGGACACGAUCGCGCAUGAUGAGCAAAGGACGAUGGAGUACGUUGCUGCGAAGCUGGCUGCUGACCUAUUGGAAGGCCAUGCGAGGCGCGUGACGGCGAGUGAACUUGUUCGAGCCAAGAGGCAACGACGGAUGACGAGGAAUGUUUGGAACUCGUGGAGGUUGAGGACGAUGUUGAGUUUGGAUGCGAAGGAGAGGGAUCGAGAGAGGAGGAAGAGGUUCGAGGAGAAUGUCAGGGAAAUUACGGCUUCGGUAGGGGUGGGGAGGACGGCGUGGGACCAAGGGGAGGAUUAUUCCUUUGAUGGGGCUUUGGACCUCUCGACGCUUUCGUUGGGGUUGCCAGACCUUGAUGCGCCGUCGGCGCCUUCGGUCCAGGCCGAUCGAGCGUUCGCGGAUCAGAUCUAUACUGCUCAAGCAAGACGAGACAAACUUUGGAGGUCAGGAACGAUGCUUCACACUCUGGCCCAACACGUCGACUCGCUCGUGCCUACUCAGCAAGCCACACGGCAAGCAUGGGCUGCCCUUGUCUCGACAACCUCGACCACUUCGACGUUCGCAACUUGGUUGGCUCGCAAAUUCGACUUGUCCGACUUGGAACUGACGAGUACGAUCGACAUGCCGCAUGUCGACCUCCUUGUCGAGAUGGUCGCGCACGAGGACGACCCACGCCAAGAGACCCUGGAUGACGUGGGGUUGAUCCUGCUCGAUUGUACCGAGGAACUUGCCGCUUCGGAUCUAUAUGCCGCUUGUCAGCGCGUUCAUCAACUUGUCGAAGCUGCGAAUGAGGUUUCACGCUUCAAUCCAUCGUUACUUAUCACGUGUUGCCCUUCGACGACGCUUACGCUGGAGGAGCAAGUUGAGCUUAAACAAAAGGUGAGUAAGGUCGUUCGUUUCUUCAGCCCCAAGAUCGAGCAACCCGAUUGCUAAAGCAGGAACGCCAUGUCACAGCUUUUGGAUGAGCUUAAUAUCAACGCGCUUUGGGAUGGAUUGCAAGCGGUGGAUGUCUGGAUCGCAAGACUAGAUGACGCUGAGGAAGACUUUGAUCAGCUCAUACGAACGACUUUGCCGAAUCUGGCGAUACGGGUGGAUCGGGCUAAGCGCCCUCUCAUUGGUACGUUCGGUUCGGGUAGCGUGCAUGUGACAGCUUGGAACUGACUACUUCUGGCACCAUCAGACUUCGUGGCACCUCUCUUACGGUCUUGGUCCGAUGCGCGGGCUUUUGCACUCUCCCAACGUUGCUCAACUGACGAUCGUGAGUCGAAUGGUAAGCCAAGUUUUUUUGCGCGGGAAACUGAUCCCUAUCAUAUCCAGCUAUUACCGCAUGCAACAUCCUCUUGUCGUCUUUGUCUCUGAUCCUCUCUUCGGCGAAAAAGACCGCCAUCGCCAACUCUCCCUUCCAUCCUAUCGAAUCCUUACCGCUCUUGUCCACCACCGCCUCAAUGUCAUUCCGCAACCGCAUACAAUCUUAUGUAUCGGACAAGCGACUAAAAUUGCUUGGACCUUCACCUUUGCUGAAUUCAGCGUUGAGCGAGUUCCCGCCCGUUACGGAUGGUCAGUCACUGUGCUCAUAUGUGCGUCGAAGCCGAUCUCGAAGCUCACGCGCCCUUGAUUCCUCCUACGACUCGCAGCCACGCUCGCUCGUUUACUCUUCGACCAUCUGGAAAAUCGUGUUCUCUCCAGCGUGGAAGGGUGCUUCAUACAACAAGAUACCUACGACUAUGAACUCCGGCGAACGCAUGCACGAUUGGCAGAACACCUCUUUACUCUACCCCGGGACGACGACGAGCUUUCCUCUGAACCUAUCAAAGAGAAUAUCGCAAUAGCCUCGACGACUCUCACAUCGAAACAAAAGGGCAAACGCAAAGCUUCUGCGUCCCCCGAGGUAGCGUUGAGCAAGAACAAGAAGACUGUUCUUGAACUGAACGGGACGACACCGUCGACGACGGUGGAUCGCUUGAGCGCGUUGGAGAAGAUCAUGAAAGAAGCGAAAGGGUUGUUGACGAUGGGAGGGGGGAGUUUGGAGACGGGUUCGAACAGUUCGAGGGUGUCGAUUGUUUGA